CAAGCAUUUGUGACAUAUUGUGGCCAACUUGUACACAAUUCUUUUCUCCAAAAGAGGUUUAGCAGAGUCUUGCUUUCUUUUCCGCACAACCAAACAGGCAGCGUUGUUUUGGGCAGUUUGAAGUCUUUUAACUUUCUCCAGUGAUAUUCCUGACAAUCUGAGAGGCUGUUUUUGGAUGUAAUUUAAAAAAACACACCAAAAAACCAAAGACAGCAGACCACCAGUCAACUUUCCGAAUAUUGCGAGGAAAUCAAGUAUUUUUAAAAAACUUGAAACGUAUUUGAAUUCUGUUUACAAGCAUCUGCUUUGUUUUAAAGAAAAGUAAAAGGUAAAGAAUAUUUGUGGAGACAACCUUACUUUACAACGGACUGGCAGAAAAUAAUUUUCUUUCGCAAGUCAAAUCUAAUUCAAAGCUUUAUAUGCAUGGCCUUGUACACACAUAAUAAACCCUGGUCUUCGAGAUAACUGGGACUGAGAUCGUCCCUGCUACAGUGGCGGUGGUUAGUGAAGGGCUCACGGGCAACCCCCCCCCCCCCUUCCUCCCCCAAAACUUUAUCCCAAAGUAUAUGAAAGUUUCUUCAAUAUCGAAAUAAUUAGUUGAAACCGCUAUGAUCGCACAUAAAGAACACAGAGUGAUCAACUUGGCGGCUUGCUCGUUUAUCCAAUCACUGUUGCCACCGCUUACAAUUAUAGUAACCUAACAGCCAAUCAAAUGUCUUUAGGGCUCAGCUGAGGAUGGGUCCAUUCCCACGCCCAUUCCGUAAUGAAACUCUUUUUGUAAAAAGGUAGAAGACUGGAAAAAAGAACACUGCGCUAAGGGCCCACACUCUCUUAGCCCUGACAAUGGGGGUGAAAGUUUACAAAACACUUUCCCCCAGUGAUACAGACAUCUAAAAGACCUUUGUCAGGUGCGUUCUACUUUCCGCGAAUAUACGACCUAAUCCAGCUCAUUGACGGAAUAUGUUUGAGGUGCUGUGUGUGCAUCCUGGCGUUUGUGCCGCUGAGAUUUAACAGUUAUAAAUCACGUCGAUUCCACUUUUAAGGCAACUUUUUCAUCCAGAAAAAUUUAACUUAGAACAAAGAAUUGGAAAACAAAGGCGACUCUUCUCAUUUGAAUGGCUUUCAAAAUGUCGUGGCUCACCGUGACUAUAGAGAAAUCAGUACUGUUUAGGUCGUAUUGUCUGCUAUUUGGUGGUAAAAAAGUGGAAGCAACCGAAGCCCCUCCCAAAUUUUGGUCCACCCAACGCCACUGCCCUUCUAUCACAACGGCUGUAACUGCGACAGUGUUGAGACAUUUGGGCACCAAACAGUGACAGCGAAACAUGGCGGAUACCAAUUUGACCCUUACGCUCUACGGCAUCAAAGACUUGAGAUUGGAAGAUAAACCGAUCCAAGAACCCGGCCCCGGAGGUGAUCGAGUCGCUAUAGAGCCCAACCAGCCGUGUGGCAACUGUGGUUUGUGCAAAAAUGGCCGCUACAAUCUUUGCGAGAAGCUGAAGUACUUGGCAACACCGCCCACCCAUGGUUGUCUGGCACGAUAUUACUGUCAUCCAGCAAACUUUGUCUACAAACUUCCAGACAACGUGAGUUUUGACGAAGGCGCACUGGUGCAACCUUUGGCGCUCGGAUUCUACGCUUGUCAGCGUGGAAAUGUCAGUGUGGGCAACUACGUGCUCGUCUGUGGCGCUGGACCUUUGGGAAUGGCCGUGGUCUUGGCAGCCAAGGCAAGAGGUGUAGCCAAAAUCUGUGUCACAGACAUCAGCCAGGAGAGGUUGGACUACAUCAAAAGGAUCGGAGCUGACGUAACUGUGACCGUCGGAAAGGAAAAACCUCGAGUGACGUCCUCGCGGGUAGUGGAAGCUCUGGGACGGGAGGCAGACGUGUCCAUAGAAUGUAGUGGACAUUACACCUCGUCUAGCAAUGCUAUAUACAGCACACGAGCCACAGGUACGGUAGUGCAAAUUGGGUUCGGAGGACCGACAGUGGAGAUUCCCCUGGUCAUCGCCACACUGAAGGAGCUGGACAUCAGAGGCAUGGCGAGAUUUGCGAACAACUAUGAGACGGUCAUUGAAGCCAUGGCCACUGGAAAAGUCAACGCUAAGCAGCUGAUCACCCAUCGGUUUUCCCUGGAGAAUGCCAUUGAAGCUUACAACGCAGCUCUGCGCAGGGAGGGGGUGAAGAUCAUCAUAGACUGCACCCGCAACUAAGAAUGUAGAAAGUUAGAAAUGCCUUCUGAUUUAAUUCCCCAGAGUGUUGGGCUCAGACUAGGAGAGGCCGUGGGAUGUGGUUUUUCGACCAUGGAGCCUUCAUUCCUCUUAUUUCAAUUACUGUACUCGAGCUACUAGGAUAAGAAGAAAACAGAUAAAAAUCCAGGAUUUUACU